UCUGCGGGGUACUUGAAAGGAGCCCUGGAAGAGCCGUCCUCAGAAGGUGAAUUACUUGCCCAGUGUGCCUGAGAUGAAAGCUCGUAUUACAAGAGUAUUUUCCAUGCUAGCAUGAUGAAAAUAAGCUUAGAGAUUGAAAGCAAUGGAUUCAAGUUUUGUUCUCGAGACCUAUUCACAGGACACAUAAUGUUUUGUGGCAUGUCUGGUUUCUCGGACUUCUACAAACUCAGAUGAUGGCUGGAGAAGAUUCUCACUUGGCAGAAGCCUAAGGAAGCAUGCUUUGGAGAACCUAGUAAAGAUUUUCAACCUACCUCUGGAGUAACAGACCAAGAGCAGCUGCUGAGGAGAGGUAAGAGAAGUGAAAAGUUUUUUUGCAG